AUGAGCCAAGGACCUGCCUUUGAGCAGAGAACAAACUACUCAACAGGGCAAGGAGGGCUGCGUAAUUUUCCCAAGUUCUUCUCAGGGAGUUUUGUUUGGGAGGAGCUACUUUGCAACAACCAUGGAAUAAAUCUCUCAUUCUUUGUUGAGCACAUCACAUUUGUAUUGUUCACAUCGACCUUCUGUAAAUGGAUUCAGGGGUUUGUGAUGGGCAGUUUGUCCGUGAACCGGGACACAAUCUCCCUUGUGCUGAACUUUUUCGCUGUGAGUCUCUCGGCCACAGCUCUGAUCAGCCCCUACUGGUGUGUGGGGACACAGAAAGUGCCGAAGCCCGUCUGUACUCAGUUCAGGACGACAGACUGCACCAUCCCACUGAACGUGGAAGCCGGUGCCAACAGCAGCGUGGGAGACAGCGAGUACAGCUGGGAAAUGGGUGAUGACCGCUUCACGUUCCGAUCGUUCCAUACAGGAAUCUGGAUAUCCUGUGAGGAGAACAUCACAGGCACAGGAGAGAUUUGUCGGAGUUUUAUCGAUUUGACCCCCAUCACACAGCAAGGUAUCCUAUGGCUCUCGGUGGUCUCUGAAGUUCUCUACAUCUUCUUGCUCUCCAUUAGUUUCUUGCUCAUGGGGUUAGAUUUGUGUUUCUCUGGAAACCCCACCUGUGGACUCAAACUCAAUGCAUUUGCAGCCGUUUUCUCCGUCCUGUCAGGCCUGCUGGGAAUGGUCGCCCAUAUGAUGUACACGCAGGUUUUCCAAGUGACAGCGAGUCAAGGGCCAGAGGACUGGAGACCCCAUCACUGGGACUUUGGCUGGUCCUUCUACUUGGCUUGGAUCUCCUUCACAUUCUGCAUGGCUUCCUCAGUCACUGCUCUGAACAUCUACACCAAGACAGUCCUUGAAUUCCACCAAUCACAGAAAAUCUACAAACACAGUUUGAAGCGGAGGCCCGAGGAGCUGUAUUAUUUUCCAGGGUGUUCCAGCCAGUCAAUUUCCAGCUCUGUUGAAGUCUUUUCCAAUCCGGCUCCGAACUUCCUGAUAAGCAGAUCAGCUGCAGACGAGCCUGACACUGCUGAGUCCCUGGGGGAUGAACACUGCUAAUGCAGGUUGGAGUCUGCAGCCCCUUAUCUCAGCUGAUUUCUUUUUUGAUGUGAUGUAGUUUCCCUCGAAACACUGUCAAUGUAAAACCAUUUUCCAAUAAACAACCUGAGCUGUGGGCACAGAGA